GAGCCGGGAUGACACGGGUUUAACCAAUUCAACAAAUCCAUUGCGCUGAGGGGGUGCUAAACCAGAGAUUGGUGAUUCUUGCGCCUUGUUGUAACGUGCGCAAUCGAACCUUGUGUGCAAAUGGCUCCGCCACCUCUCUUUGAGGUCCGUGGCCUCUCGUGGUCGAAGACGGGAGAGAAGUCACCAUUCCUCUCUGACAUCAACUUCACUUUAAAUCCUGGAGACAUAAUUGCCCUGACUGGAAAGAGUGGCUCUGGGAAGUCGACUCUCUUGAAAUGUCUCGCACACCUCAAUUUAUAUGAAGGAGAAGUACUUCUCCACGGAAAAACCCCCAAGGCGUGCGGUGUCCCAAAGUACCGUACAAAGGUGCUCUAUAUCCCCCAAAGGCCUGCGAUCCUUCCCUCCACCCCAAUCGAUUUUUUGAAGAAAGUCCUUGCUCUGGCAUCUCGAAGUACUACGCCAAGCGCCGAGGAUCCCGAAGAGAACUUAAACUCCGCCCAGUACAUUGCGUCGCGAUGGAAUAUUGACGAGGAGCUCUGGCAUCGCAAGUGGGUCACUCUCAGUGGUGGAGAAGCACAGCGAAUUGCCAUGGCCAUUGGGUUGAGUAUGCAAGGCACAGAGAUCCUUCUACUUGAUGAGCCUACUAGCGCGCUUGAUCAGGGUUCAGUGGAUUCAGUGGAGAGAUAUGUGGCCGAGCUUCCAUCGACGGAUCACUCGUCAAUCAAGGCCAUUAUCUGGAUCACUCACUCCGAAGACCAAGCUAAGAAGAUAGCCACUAGGAGGAUACGAGUUGAAAAUGGGACAGCGACGGAAAUUGCAUAAAAUUGGUGUUACCCACAGCUUCAGUGCAAAUCGAAAGCGUCUGGAGAAUGUGUCCUUAGAAAUUGAUUAUGUACAUUAUGAUUAUUUUUACAGUGAAAAAUUCUAGUCUUCGUCAGAGAGACGU